GCUGGUUCUUUUCAGCUAUUCGUCGAUGGGUGCCGGGAUGCUGAAUAUUGGCUACGUCGCUUCGACACGGAGCCGCUACCUGUGCGGUCUUUCAAUGACUUUCUUUACCAGUUCCAGAAGCUAGUGGUACUCGACUACUUGAUACGAAAUACUGCAUGCCUUCAUAACGAAGUUUAUGUUGCUCAGACAAGCCUCCCUACAAUUGGUGGAUUCUUUAUUCAACCUAACUCCUGGAUGUCACUUAGCCUCCCUUCGGGUUCAUAG